AUGGGGAUCAUGCCGCUGAAUUCAAAUUUGAAGAUUGCUGUCAAUAUACCCCCCUCGGCGGCCAUUGCGCGUCAACGGGCAUGCUAUCGGAUGUCACUCGCCCUCAACUUGAUCGUAGUAAUCACACUCUUUAUCACAAUCUAUGCAUCCAUUUUCCUUCUUAUCAUUCUUGCCACCCCGGACAACCCUCGUCUGUUCGCUCGCUCACCCGCAUUAACAAAUUCUCCAAGCGGCGGUUAUGCACCGGUUUGGGUAGAUUGCCCCAAUGACUUGUCGGUCAGACAACCAACAUUAGCUGGUCCACUAGCUUCCAAGGAAGCAGAAUAUAUCAAAAAACGGACACUCAAAUCCGUUCCUUAUUGGCGCUCUUAUCUUUCCCGCGCGGGUCUCUCAGACUUUGACAUCGAGUCAUUCUUGAAAAAAGCUUCAACCCAAGGAGCUGUGAGAGGACUCACAUUGCCCAAUGUCGGUUUGGCACUCUCAGGCGGAGGACCUAGGGCAGCUUUGAUUGGGGCUAGUAUGGUACACGCUUUAGAUGAUAGAAAUCCCGAUGCGGUCAGGGCCGGCACCGGGGGAAUUAUCCAACUGGUCAACUACAUUACUGGACUCAGUGGGGGCUCUUGGUUCACUGGCUCAUGGUCCACCAGCAAUUUCCCUGAUGUCCGAGAAUUAGUUUCUACAUGGAAACUGCAGCAAGACAAUCAGCCGCUGGAUUGGGAGACGGUCAAGAAAUACCCACCAGCAGUCAAGAUUGCAAGAGAAAAGGCCAAUGCUGGUUUCCCGGCUAGUCUUGUGGAUGUGUGGUCUUUGAUGGUUGGGAAGCAUUUUCUAAACGCCCCCGAUUACGGGAAAAGUGUUUUGUUCAAUUCUAUUAGGGACGUUCCCGCAUUUCAAAAUUACGAUGCCCCCUUCCCGAUCAUUGUAGCUACGAGUCGUGGAGAGAAAGGACGCAGUAAUAUAAACCUACAAACCCCUAUUUAUGAAUUCACCCCGUACGAAUUCGGUGCAUGGCAUCCUUCAAUGAACGGUUUCAUUCCGAUCGAUUACCUUGGCACUAGCAUGUUCGACGGAAAAACUAUCCCACAAUCACCGUGUGUCAAGGGGUUUGACAACGCUGCCUUUAUAAUGGGUUCUUCUUCUAAUAUCUUGAGUGAACCGUUCGCACCCAACGAGAAAAUGACGUUGUGGAAUAAGAUUGUCGCUGGGCUAUAUGAAUAUUUCACUCGCCACAUGUAUGACGAAGCACUGGUAUUUAAUCCAUUCAAUGGGCUAGGUAUAGGAUCUGGCACUAAACAGGAAUUUCCGGAUGGUAAAGAUACAUUGCUUUAUCUUGCAGAUGGCGGCUUGGGAGGCGAAAACAUGCCGCUGUGGCCCUUGAUGCAACCUGCGAGAAACCUGGAUGUUAUAAUUGCGGUGGACGCCCAAACAGACGGAGUAGGAUAUGUAAUCGACGCCCGAGGCUAUUCCAAUGGAACGUCUCUAUACAUGUCUUAUCAAAAAACCUUACUACCUGAUUACAAAGGCUAUAAAUUCCCCAAGAUUCCUGAUUACCGCUCGACGUUCAGUGAAUUAGGCUUACACCAACGUCCAUCUGUGUUCGGAUGCUACGAGACCGACGCGCCUCUGGUGAUUUACUUCCCCAACUACUUUAUGGUUGCUGCCACAGAUUUCACGACAGUCCAAGCAUCUUACACUCAAGACGAGGUUGACGCCGUGUUUGAUAAUGGAUUUGCGAUUGCGACUCAAUCUAUCGGGAAAAUCAAGAACAACACACUACUAUCUCAAGGGAUUGAAGAGAAUCUUCAACGUUCCGGCGAGUUCGCGACUCCUGAAUGGUCUACUUGUGUUGCAUGUACUUUGAUUGACCGCCAGCUGCAAAGGGAUGGCAUACCUCGGACAUCGCAGUGCGAAGCCUGUUUUCGCCAGCAUUGCUAUGUGGAAUCCUCCUCAACUACAACUUGA